AUGGGGGUCAUCUCGGAACUGAAGGUGUCCGUGCCCUGGGGCCACAUCGCUGCCAAGGUCUGGGGCUCCCCUCAGGGGCCGCCCGUGCUUUGCCUCCACGGCUGGCUGGACAACGCCAACUCCUUCGACAGGCUCAUCCCUCUCCUUCCUCAAACGUUCCGUUACGUGGCCAUGGAUCUGGGGGGUCACGGCCUCUCUUCCCAUCACCACCCGGGGUUCCAGUACCACAAGCAGGAUUACGUAAAUGAAGUGCGCCGAGUGGCGGCGGCCCUGAGCUGGAAGCGCUUUUCCUUCAUGGGCCACAGCUUCGGUGGCAUGAUCGGGAGCAUGUUUUCCUGCAUGUUCCCCGAGAUGGUGGACAAACUGAUCCUGCUCGACUCCAUUCCCUUCUUCCUGGACACGAAGGAGUUAAGCGACCUUCUGGCGUACAAGCGGCGCGCCAUCGAGCAUGUGCUCUACACGGAGGAGCUGCAGCGGAAGCCCCGCCGGGUGCUCCCGCCCGAGGAGAUGCUGAAGAGCUUCCUGAAGAACAACAUCCAAGUGGGCGAAGAGUGCGGGAAACUCCUGCUGGAGAGAGGAACCACCAAGGUGGCCCAAGGGGUGGUGUUGAACCGAGACCGAAGGCUGGGCCUGCCAGAGAACACCUUCGAUUACCUUAGCCAGGAGCAGGCCAUGUACUUUUGCCAGAAAAUCCAGGCCCGAGUGCUGCUCAUCAAGGCCAAAGGCGGAUACAGUUACUUCCGGCCCAAUGCGGAGCACAAGGACACCACGAAGCUCGUUCGAGAUUUUCUACAGAGCAUCCUCAAGGAGCGCUGCCAGACAGUCGUGGUGGAAGGCACCCAUUACGUCCAUAUGCAAGAGCCCCACAGGGUGGCCGAAAUCAUCACUCACUUCUUGGAGGACGAGGGGCCAGUCCAGGCCCCUCUGUAG